AUGACAAAACAUUUAUCAGAAAGGCGGAAAGUAUUAAUUGAAGAAUAUAUUAAGUCUGGUUUAAAUCAGACACAAAUUUCUAAAAAAAGAAAUAUAUCUCGAAAUACAGUCCAGAGGUAUAUUUUAAAGUUAAAUGAUGGUAGUUUUUAUGAGAUAAAAAAGGGAUCUGGUAGAAAAAAGCUACUUCAACCAAAUCAUAAAAUGUUUUUAGUCAAAGAACAUGCCAAAGAUCAUUUUGUUACAUUAUCAUUCUUACAAAAAAUUAUUAGAUAA